AUGACGUAUCAAACUCUGGAAAUCUGGAAGCAUCCCAAGAGUGACAACUACUACAAAUGCAUUGAUAGUCAACCAAAGAGUAAAAACAUGGUCCAAUCGAAAGUAGGAAACGCCACAAAUGGCUACCUUUUGGUUCACGCCAAUGGAGGAUUAAAUCAAAUGACAACUGGAAUAAGUGACAUGGUCGCUAUAGCCAAACUUAUGAAUGCUACUUUGGUUUUACCAACAUUAGACCAUCAUUCAUUUUGGACAGAUAGCAGUGGUUUUAAACAAAUUUUCAACUGGAGGAACUUUAUUAAAGUCUUAGAAGAUGAGGUUCCAAUAGUGGAAUCUCUGCCACCAAGAUUUGCAGCAAUUAGGCCAGCAUUGAAAGCUCCAGUUUCUUGGUCCAAGGGUAGCUACUACAAAGGGGAGAUGAUGGGAUUAUUGAGAAGACAGAAAGUGAUAAAAUUUACCCACACUGAUUCUCGCCUUGUCAAUAAUGGUCUUCCUGAUUCAAUUCAGAAAAUACGUUGUCGUACCAUGUAUAAAGCUCUUAGAUUUUCAGUGCCAAUUGAAGGGCUUGCAAUGAAGUUGGUAAAUAGACUUAGAAACAAUACGCAUUAUCUUGCCCUCCAUCUAAGAUAUGAAAAGGACAUGCUUGCUUUCACAGGAUGCAAUCACAACCUAACAAAAGAAGAAGCAAGAGAACUGAGAGAAAUGAGAUACAAAGUGAAACAUUGGAAGAACAAAGAGAUUGAUGGCAAAUCAAAGCGGCUAAAGGGUGUUUGUCCCAUGACUCCAAGAGAAGUAGCAUUGUUCCUUGAAGCAAUUGGGUUCCCUCUUGACACAAAAAUCUACAUAGCUGCUGGUAGCAUUUAUGGCUCACAAGGACUCAAACCACUUGAAACCAAGUACCCUAAUGUCUUCUCACACUCCACUUUGGCAACAAAAGAAGAGCUUGAACCCUUUAGGAUCCACCAGAAUCAGCUUGCUGCUUUGGAUUAUGUUAUUUCGGUUGAAAGUGAUGCUUUUCUUUACACCUAUGAUGGCAACAUGGCUAAAGCAGUACGAGGUCACAGAGCAUUUCAAGGAUUUCGUAAAACCAUUGCCCCAAACAAGCAAAAGUUUGUUAGGUUGGUUGAUGAGUUAGACAGUGACUUAAUUUCUUGGGAAGAUUUCUCAUCUAAGGUUAAGAGCAUACACAAAAACAAUGUGGGAGCACCACAUCCUAGAAAAAUUGAUCGCCACCCCAAAUUGGAAGAGAACUUUUAUGCAAACCCUUUUCCAGGUUGCAUUUGUGAGAAGUGA